AGGAAAGCCUGGCGACCUCGUGAUCCGGUAUUUUCCUAUUUUCCUGAGCAUUCCGAUCCGGUUGCUGGGAAAGGCUCCGCGGGGGGAGAAGAGACAAGGCUCAGGAAUCCUGAUCUAGGUAGCUGUGGCCACUGGAAAGCUCUCAGGCCGGGGAGCAUCAUGUCCACCUUUGAAGACGCUGAUACGGAAGAGACGGUCACUUGUCUCCAGAUGACCAUUUACCAUCCUGGCCAGCUACAAAGUGGGAUAUUUAAAUCAAUAAGGUUUUGCAACAAGGAGAGAUUUCCUUCUACUGAAGUGGUGAAAUUUGGACGGAAUUCCAACAUGUGCCAGUAUACGUUUCAGGACAAACAGGUUUCCCGAGUUCAGUUUGUUUUACAGCCGUUUAAACAGUUCAACAGCUCGGUUCUCUCGUUUGAAAUUAAAAACAUGAGCAAGAAGACCAGUUUGAUGGUGGAUAACCAGGAGCUCGGCUACCUCAAUAAAAUGGACCUGCCUUACAAGUGCAUGCUCAGGUUCGGAGAGUAUCAAUUCCUGUUGGAGAAGGAAGAUGGAGAGUCUGUGGAAUCUUUUGAGACUCAAUUUAUCAUGUCUCCAAGACCUCUCUUGCAAGAAAACAACUGGCCAACACAGAGUCCCAUACCAGAGGAUGGGGUGUAUUCUUCGUACUUUACCCACAGAAGUUCUCCUGCAGAAAUGGAUGAAAACGAACUGUGAAGAGGGUCCAACCUGGAGGCAUGUGAAGGAUGAAGACACGUGAGAGACAUCCUACUUCCCUGGAGUUUGUGAAUGUACCAUAGCACGGAUGUCUGCAUGCUGACUUUAGUUUUGGUAAUAGCAUUUGGAAGUCUGUAGACUGUGUUAGUCAUCAACUUAGUCAACUGUUUGAGUUUCGGCUACAAAGAACUAAGUGUACAUCUGUGAGGGUUGGUGCAUAAGACACAGUCUUCUGUGUGAUGAAGUCACGCUUGUUGCUUUUCUUCAUGACGUCAUCCCCGUGCUUUGUCUUGGUAGCAGCCAUCUCUUGGCCUGGUCACAUCAUUUCGUAGCAGCCUUUGUUUUUCAAGUUUAGAGCUCGGGCAGAUACUUCGUCGGUGUCUGGGGCAUGCUCGUGCUUGUAGAACCAGAGUCCUGGAAUAAGUUCUAGAGUGCCGAGUCACUGAGUCACUGUGGCUUCAUCAGGGAAAGACUUGAGAAAUGGCUCCUUGCUUUCUUUCUAUGGAACUGUAAUGCUUAUUCCUAAGACGGCAGUUUCGCUUUCCUAGACAUAGGGCGUACAACUAACACUUAAAGAACACUGAGAUUAAGAUUGUUUUCUUACAAAAUUGAAAAUGAAUUUUAUGUAUCGUGCAGAUUUAAAAAUGGUAGAAAUCAAAACUUUUCCCAGCCUCUUUGCAUCUGAUAAAGUGGGAACUCAGUCCCUCAGCUGCUUCUUUGAAACUUCUUAAAGGAACACAUCUGUUCUUCGGCUGCUCUGUAGAAGUCAGUAUAUGUGAAUAUUUAUAAUAAAUGCUUAAAUAUUUCUAAGCUUUUAGUUUCACAUGGAGUUGUAUUUAUUUAAAAGAGUCUCAUUCCCUUCAUUUCAGCUAGAUUAAGAUGAAUGUUAGCGAACAUUAUGUAAAGGAGAAUGAUAGCCAUUAAGUUACAGUAAAUUCUAGCAUUAGCAGGAAGAAAGGCUUCUUGUAUAACUUCCUCGGUAAAUGAAAUUUCACGAUGUAACAGGUACAGGAUUUUUUUGGUGGGGGGAUCGGGUAGGGAAAGCUAGCCACAUACAUAUUAUAUAUAUAUAUUUUUUUCAAUAUAGCUUGCUUUGAAGCUCAGGCUGGCUUUGAACUUGUGAUCCUCAUACAUCAGCUUCCCUCCACCCCUGAAUGCUGUGCCGGGCUUAAUGUAACUAUAUUUCUGCAACAACCCUUUGAAACUGUUUCCAAUCAACUGUUUAGCCUGGUACCAU